AUGGCCAGCAAUAUACCCGCAGCACUGAAGUCUGUGGAUGUUGGGCGAUUUGCCGUGCGAGCAGCGCAGCUCGAAAAAGCAAAGCCCAUCAUUGCCUACUGGUGUAACUUUUACAUCGUGAAUCAGAUUAUCGAGAGAGGUCUGCAUACCUCUGAUGACGAAGUGAAGCUGUACACAACGGACCUGAUGGAGAAACUGGAGCAAUUCCAGAACCAGAACCGUGAUAAUGAUGCGAUUUCGGAUUCAAUGGCGGCUAGCGCCUACGUGGAGGAGUUUGGACUUGAGGUUUUUGGGCGCGCAGAGGCCGCCAUGCGGGCCGAUAAAGUGACCAAACAAACAGCAGAUACCUUUCAGGCAGCCGCGACAUUCCUCGAAUUAUGCCAGGUCUGGAACCCCCUUGAGGCUGAAGCUGCCGCGAAGGUGAAAUUUGCGAAGUACCAUGCCGUGAGGAUUGUGAAGGCGAUUAAGGCGGGAGAGGACCCCAACGCGUCGAACCCGAAGAUCGAGGAGGAGGAACUAGAACCAGCAGGAGAUUUAUCUCAGGGCGAACCAGCCGAUCUCGAUGCCGCCGCCCCGUCGUCGCAAAUACCCAUGCAACCAAGGGUUGAAGACGUUCCUGACGAAGCUCAACCCGCGCAAUCUUCAAAUUCACCACUUACCCUGCCACAACCACCAACAACGUUUUCCGAUUUGCCAUCCGCUCCUGAAGGCCCUGCAUUGACACCCGGUCGAACCAUGGAUGUAGGGCCGGACGAUGACUCGCCACUCAAUCUCCCAUCAGCGCCGAACACCUUCGCUUCAGAAACGUCCCCUAAACUUCCUGAUACGCCGACAAAUAUUGGAGCGCACCAUCAGCCGAAACCGUCCAAUGAGUUCCAAUCAUUCCCUCCACCGUCUACAAUGCCUCCUACGAACCCGGCCCCUGCUCCUGCUCCGCACAAUGUAGACUCCUUUUAUAAUGUUCCUAGCGCUGGUGGUCCGUCGCAUCCUGUGCCACCUUCCGGACCGGGUCGUGGAGUGCCAUACCAACCUCCUGUUGCAACUCCGCCCGUGGCUGCGCCUGCAACAUAUAGCCAGGCGCCUUCGCAUGGCCUAGACGAACAAGCAAUUUCCCUAGCUCAAAAACAUGCACGGUGGGCUGUAUCCGCGCUCACCUUUGACGAUGUCAACACAGCAAUCAAAGAGCUACGGAACUCUUUGAAGCAACUUGGAGCGGAGUGA